GCCGAGCGCCAAUUAUGAAGCCCUCGCGUUGCCUCUGCCUGCUUUUCCUGGCCUCCAUCCUCGUGGCCUCGUCGGCCGUCGUCACCGUGUCGCUGAAGGAGACCGCCGAGGAGAAGAAGGCCUGGGCGGCGCCGGCGCCGGCGGCGGUGGAGCCCGAUGAGGCCUUCCUCGCCCGCCUCUGCGACGAGCAGCGGCGCGGGCGGGUCCUCCCGUGGUGCAAGCAGCUGCACGCCAGGCGCCGCGGCGGCGCCCACCACCGCCACCUGCCGAUGUCGCCCCCCAGCCGCGACGGCGAGGAGAUCGACCCGCGCUACGGCGUGUCCAAGCGGCUCGUGCCGAGCGGGCCCAACAGGCUGCACAACUGAACUGAUCGUGCGACGCGCGGCUCCGUGAUUGAUGCGCGCGCGCGGCCGUCAGUUUUUCAUGCUAGCUAGUUUCCUUAUUUCCCUUUCUUUUCUUUUUUCCUAGGAUUCUUGCAUUGCUAGCUUUCUUUGUGUCAUUGGUUUCGUUCAAGCCUAGAUUGCUGGAAAGGGUUGACAAUGGAGGAUGAUGCAUGCGCCGUGAAGCAUACUCGAUCGAGCUCGGAUCUUCGUUUACCAUAUAUAGAUCCAAUCUUAGUAGCAGGCACUCCAUUGAUAAUGAAGACAUGUAGGUUCAAAAUCUACCGUAGGUUGGUUGGUUUCUUUUGUAGUGAUAAUAAUGUACCUUAGAGUACUAUAUACAUCUUGCUUGAUUUGUCCUUUCAA